AUAUUUCUGAUCAGUGCGUUAGGAGGUCUACGAGAACGCGGUUGUCCAAUAAUGAUUAUCUUGUGGCUGGUUGUUUCCCUAAGUGUGGUGCUGCACUGGCUCUAUAGGAUCAACAAGAACUACUACAUUCUGGCCUUCUUCUCCAGGAGAAUUCGUUCGAAAGAUGGAGCACCUGUGGAGAGCAUAGCACCCAUGCCCAAGGGUAAAACCAUAUUUGCCAACACCUUCGAUUUGUACGGCAGAGACCACGCUGGUGUUUUCAAUCACUCCCGUGACCGUGCCAAAAAAAUGGGCACUAGCUACAUUGAAUACGGGAUGGGAACGGCCAUUUACAAUGUAAUCGAUGCGGAUACCGCGGAAAAUGUACUAAACCAUCCAAAUCUGAUCACCAAGGGACUUGUCUACAAUUUUCUACAUCCAUUUCUAAGAACUGGCUUGCUGACAUCGACUGAAAAAAAAUGGCAUGCACGCCGAAAGAUGCUCACCCCGACCUUCCACUUCAAUAUAUUAAAUCAGUUCCAGGAGAUCUUUAAAACGGAGAGUCUAAAGUUUCUUCAACAGUUCCAGGGUCAAGAUGAGGCGACUAUAACAUUACACGAUGUUAUACCAAGAUUUACACUGAACAGUAUUUGUGAGACUGCCAUGGGUGUUAAGCUGGACGAGAUGGCCGAAAAGGGUGAUCGUUACCGAGAGAAUUUCAGUCAGAUUGAAGAAUGUUUCAUUCGUCGUUUGAGUAACCCGCUUCUGUGGGGCGAUACAAUUUUCAACAUGUUUGCUGCCAAGGAUUACGCUUCUGCCCUCGAUGUGGUUCAUGGAUUCUCCAGCGAGAUUAUUGCCAAGCGGAGAGUUUUACUGAAGGACGAGCUGGACAACAGACGUGCCACCCAGACCGCAGACGAUGAUGUAUUUGUCCCAAAGAAGCGAUUUGCCAUGCUGGACACGUUGAUUUGCGCCGAAAAGGACGGCCUCAUCGAUCACACUGGCAUUUGUGAGGAGGUGGACACCCUUAUGUUCGAAGGCUACGAUACCACGUCAAUUGGCCUUAUCUUUGGUCUGAUGAACAUGUCUUUGAAUCCUGACAAGCAAGAACUAUGCUUCCAGGAGAUCCAAGAGCACAUAGAUGAUGACCUAACUAACUUGGACGUGAGUCAACUGAAUAAGCUGAAAUACCUGGAGUACUUUAUGAAGGAAACCAUGCGACUAUUUCCGUCGGUUCCCAUUAUGGGUCGUGAAGCUGUGCAGGAAACCGAGCUGGCAAAUGGUCUGAUCCUGCCGAAGGGUUCACAGAUAACCAUUCAUGUCUUUGAUAUUCACCGCAAUGCCAAGUACUGGGAUUCCCCCGAAGAGUUCCGUCCAGAGAGAUUCCUGCCCGAAAAUGUACAGAACCGUCACACCUACGCCUAUGUUCCUUUUAGUGCUGGUCAAAGAAAUUGUAUUGGUCAAAAGUAUGCCAUGCAGGAGAUGAAAACGCUAAUGGUGGUCCUUCUCAAGAAGUUUAAGAUUCUGCAAGCUAUCGAUCCCAAAAAGAUUGUGUUUCAUACGGGAAUAACACUGCGCACCCAAAACAAAAUAAAAGUUAAACUUGUGAGGCGUAAGUUCAUCUCAGUGAUCAGUUCGGUGGGACAGAUCCGUGGAUGCGGUUGUUCAGAAAUGAUAAUAUUGUGGCUCGUGGGUGCUUUAAUUGUGCUCGUGCACUGGCUUUAUAGGGUCAACCAGGAUUACUGCGUUCUUGGGUUCUUCGCCAAAAGAAUUCGAACGAAGGAUGGGAAGCCCGUGGAAAGCGUAGCUCCCUUGGUCAAGGGCAGUACCAUAUUUGCCAACAGCUUCGACUUGUACGGCAAAGAUCACUCUGGUGUUUUUAAUCACUCACGUGACUGUGCAAAAAAAAUGGGCGAGAGCUACUUUGAAUAUGGGAUGGGAACGGCCAUUUACAAUGUUAUCGAUGCGCAUAACGCGGAACAUGUACUAAAUGAUCCGAAUCUAAUAAACAAAGCAAUUGUGUACAACUUUCUUCAUCCGUUUCUGAGAACUGGAUUGUUGACAUCCACAGGAAGGAAAUGGCACGCAAGACGGAAGAUGCUUACUCCAACGUUCCAUUUCAACAUACUGAAUCAGUUUCAGGAGGUCUUCAAAACGGAGAGUCUGAAAUUUCUCCAGCAAUUCAAGGGACGAGAUGAAGAAAUCAUCUCAUUGAACGACGUCAUACCCAGAUUUACUCUGAACAGUGUUUGUGAGACUGCCAUGGGUGUGCAGCUGGAUGAGAUGGCCGAGAAGGGCGAUCGUUACCGGGAGAACUUCAGUCAGAUUGAAGAAUGUUUUAUUCGCCGAAUGAGUAAUCCUCUCCUGUGGGGCGAUUCACUGUUCAACAUGUUUGCUGCCAAGGAUUAUGCUUCUGCUCUCGAGGUGGUCCAUGGAUUCUCUAGCGAGAUCAUAGCCAAGAGGAGAGUUUUGCUGCAGGACGAGCUGGACAACAGACGUGACUCACAGACCGCAGACGAUGAUGGGUUCACCAGCAAGAAGCGCUUUGCCAUGCUAGACACCUUAAUUUAUGCCGAAAAGGAUGGCCUCAUUGAUCACAUUGGCAUUUGUGAGGAGGUGGACACUCUUAUGUUCGAGGGCUACGAUACCACGUCCAUUGGACUUAUCUUUGGUCUGAUGAACAUGUCUUUAUAUCCCGAAAAGCAAGAAAUUUGCUUUCGGGAGAUCCAAGAGCACAUAGAUGAUGAGUUGGGCAACUUGGACAUCAAUCAGUUGAAUAAGCUUAAAUACCUGGAAUACUUUGUUAAAGAAACUAUGCGCCUAUUUCCUUCCGUUCCCGGCAUGGGUCGGGAAACCAAUAGAGAGACGGAGCUGACCAAUGGGCUAAUUCUGCCAAAGGGUUCUCAGAUUGUCGUUCAUGUUUUUGACAUCCAUCGCAACCCCAAGUACUGGGAUUCCCCAGAAGAAUUCCGCCCGGAGAGAUUCCUACCCGAGAAUUCCCAAAACCGUCAUACCUAUGCCUAUAUUCCGUUCAGUGCUGGUCAAAGAAAUUGUAUUGGUCAAAAAUACGCCAUGCAGGAGAUGAAAACUCUAAUGGUGGCGCUUUUGAAGCAGUUCAAGAUCCUGCCAGUUGUAGAUUCCAAGAGCAUAGUGUUUACAUCGGGCAUAACGCUGCGAACCCAAAACAAAAUUCACGUAAAGCUUGUGAGAAGAAAGUGACUUAGCUUUAAUGGAAAGGAUUUAUUCCAGGAACUCUGCUAACCAUAAAGUGCACUGUACAAUGCUUUCAUCCAAA